AUGUCGCAGAUUUCCUCCGUUUCUGGCCCUUCAGCGGACGAUGCACUUCUUCGAUCAGACACUCACGCCAUCUUCGACAAGAAACGGCCUCGCGUAGAGGACGAGUCGCCUGUGGAGGGUCGUGACCCCGUGCGCCCUCGGCCUCUCUCGUGGAAUCCGUCUACUCCGGUGGAACCCCCGCUGAAAUCGACGCAGCUUCGUCCCAUCGGCGUUCAAUCUAUCUUGAACCCUCUUGCAAAAUCAGGUUUGAUUGCCGCCGUGGGCUCCGCUGAGGCUGCUCGAGAGGGCCUGGGGGACCAAACGUCCGUUCGUGCCCACCACCAGCGACUUCCGUCGUCUCCCUCAGUCCAUCUCCCUUCGCCAUCACUACAUGCUCGGCGACUGUCUGCUUCUCCCGGAAUGAGAAACCGUCAGAUGAGUACACCUCUGUCGCCGUCGGCCCGCUUUGUCAACGCUGGGGCAGGACACCCCGGCAAACUUGGUGCCUCUCAAUCUCCGUUGGCCCAUGAAUCACGACCGGGGUUGUAUUCGGGGGCUCCUACUUCUUCCAUGCCUCUUGAGUCGGUUCCCGGGCAGGCUCCCUCGGUGCCAGCACAUCAUCAGCCAGUGCCCAUGUCGAUCCAUUCAACCCCGACGUUUCACAGCCGGCGAACAAGUGCAGUUCCGACACCGAACCCUAGUCCUCAGGAAACGAGUCCUACCACACCCAUUUCUGCUUUCAGUCAGUUUGGCCGGUCGUCUCCGUCAUUGACGGGCAUGUCAGGACCACCCCAUGCACCGCCGUUCUUGACCUCGUCCUCUUACACGGCCAAGGAUCCCGUGCCCCGACUCCCCUCCGUCGUGGCUGGAACCAGACAUGUCGGAGAGGAUACGGUAACGGCAGCAACGACCACACCAGCGACAACGGCCAGCAUGGGAGGAUCUCAGACAGAAAACGUUCCUCUGCCUGGGAUGAUCCCGUGUAUCCUGGAUCUUAAGUCGGGCUCUUCCAGCCAGGCUGAGAAGCGGAAGGCCAACAGCGAUGCGUCGAGGAGGUUCCGCAACCGGAAAAGGAACGAGAUGCAGAUGGAGCAAAAGAUCACGGCCCAACAAGAGGAGAUUCGGAAGCAGGCCGAAGCUCUGCAACGGCAGACCCAAGAAAUUCGGGUCCUGAUGCAGGAGCGAGACCAUUAUCGAUCGGAAAGGGAUUUCUAUCGCGAACAGGCCAGCCGACUGGGUGCUUCCGGCCAGGGUUCGUCCCGACCGGCCUCACCUCGG